GCCGGAGCCGGGAAAGGGGAGGAGGUUGGAGCAGCCGGAGUAAGGGGAGGGGGAGGAGCGGCGAAGGCGGAAGCCAUGUUGGAGUUUCACCCCGAGCGAGGGGCUGCGAGCGCUUGCCUCUCCUUGUGGGUGUGACCCGGGUUCGGCGCGGCGGCGGGCCGCGGGGGGGCGGGGACGUUAGGCCGGUCGUCGUCGUCCGCCGCGGCGCGAGGGGAGGGCGGCCGCAGCGUGGAGCCGGGCGAUUGUGACCGCCGGGGGAGCAGGGGGCCCGCCGCGGCGCCCACUCUCCGUGUGGCCCCCAGAGCGCCCCCCCUCCCCUGCCCGGGAGGGAGGCGGGGGGCACCCGGGGCCCGCCAUGAACCCCGGCUUCGAUCUGUCCCGCCGGAACCCGCAGGAAGACUUCGAGCUGAUUCAGCGCAUCGGCAGCGGCACCUACGGCGACGUCUACAAGGCACGGAAUGUUAACACCGGUGAAUUAGCAGCAAUUAAAGUAAUAAAAUUGGAACCAGGAGAAGAUUUUGCAGUUGUACAGCAAGAAAUUAUUAUGAUGAAAGACUGUAAACACCCAAAUAUUGUUGCUUAUUUUGGAAGCUAUCUCAGGCGAGAUAAACUAUGGAUUUGCAUGGAAUUUUGUGGAGGUGGUUCUUUACAGGAUAUUUAUCAUGUCACUGGACCUCUCUCAGAACUGCAAAUUGCAUAUGUUAGCAGAGAAACACUACAGGGAUUAUAUUAUCUUCACAGUAAAGGAAAAAUGCACAGAGAUAUUAAGGGAGCUAACAUUCUAUUAACGGAUAAUGGUCAUGUGAAACUGGCUGAUUUUGGAGUAUCUGCACAGAUAACAGCUACAAUUGCCAAACGGAAGUCUUUCAUUGGUACACCAUAUUGGAUGGCUCCAGAAGUUGCAGCUGUGGAGAGGAAAGGGGGAUAUAAUCAGCUCUGUGACCUCUGGGCCGUAGGAAUCACUGCCAUAGAACUCGCUGAGCUUCAGCCUCCUAUGUUCGACCUGCACCCAAUGAGAGCAUUAUUUCUAAUGACAAAAAGCAAUUUUCAGCCUCCUAAAUUAAAGGAUAAAAUGAAGUGGUCAAAUAGUUUCCAUCAUUUUGUGAAAAUGGCACUUACAAAAAAUCCGAAAAAAAGACCUACUGCUGAAAAGUUACUACAGCACCCUUUUGUCACACAGCCUUUGACACGAUCUUUAGCAAUAGAGCUGCUGGAUAAAGUGAAUAAUCCAGAUCAUUCCACUUACCACGAUUUUGAUGAUGAUGACCCUGAGCCUCUUGUUGCUGUACCACAUAGAAUUCACUCAACAAGUAGAAAUGUAAGAGAAGAAAAAACACGUUCAGAGAUAAACUUUGGCCAAGUGAAAUUUGAUCCACCCUUAAGGAAGGAGACAGAACCACAUCAUGAACUUCCCGACAGUGAUGGUUUUUUCGACAGUUCAGAAGAAAUAUACUACACUGCAAGAUCUAAUCUGGAUCUACAAUUAGAAUAUGGACAAGGACACCAAGGUAGUUACUUUUUAGGUGGAAACAAGAGUCUUCUGAAGUCUGUUGAAGAAGAAUUACAUCAGCGAGGACACGUGGCACACUUAGAAGAUGAUGAGGGGGAUGAGGAUGAAUCCAAACAUUCAACCAUGAAAGCAAAAGUUCCACCACCUCUUCCACCAAAGCCGAAGUCCAUCUUCAUACCACAGGAAACCCAUUCUACUGAGGAAGAUAAUCAAGGAACAAUCAAGAGAUGUCCCACAUCAGGGAGCCCAGCAAAACCAUCCCAGGUUCCACCUAGACCACCACCUCCCCGAUUACCCCCACAAAAGCCUGUUGCUUUAGGAAAUGGAGUGGGCUCCUUCCAGUUAAAUGGUGAACGAGAUGGAUCUUUAUACCAGCAACAGAAUGAACAUCGAGGCACAAACCUUUCCAGGAAAGAGAAGAAAGAUGUACCAAAGCCUAUUAGCAAUGGUCUUCCCCCAACACCUAAAGUACAUAUGGGCGCAUGUUUUUCAAAAGUGUUUAAUGGGUGUCCCUUGAAAAUUCACUGUGCAACAUCCUGGAUAAACCCAGAUACAAGAGAUCAAUACUUGAUAUUCGGUGCCGAAGAAGGGAUUUAUACCCUUAAUCUUAAUGAACUUCAUGAAACAUCAAUGGAGCAGCUAUUCCCUCGAAGGUGUACAUGGUUGUAUGUGAUGAACAAUUGCUUGCUAUCAAUAUCUGGUAAAGCUUCUCAGCUUUAUUCCCAUAAUUUACCAGGGCUUUUUGAUUAUGCAAGACAAAUGCAAAAGUUACCUGUUGCUAUUCCAGCACACAAACUCCCUGAUAGAAUACUGCCAAGGAAAUUUGCUGUAUCAGCAAAAAUCCCUGAAACCAAGUGGUGUCAGAAGUGUUGUGUUGUGAGAAAUCCUUACACAGGCCAUAAAUACCUAUGCGGGGCACUUCAGACUAGCAUUGUUCUCUUAGAAUGGGUUGAACCAAUGCAGAAAUUUAUGUUAAUUAAGCACAUCGAUUUCCCUAUCCCAUGUCCACUUAGGAUGUUCGAGAUGCUGGUGGUCCCUGAACAGGAGUACCCAUUAGUCUGUGUUGGUGUCAGUAGAGGGCGAGACUUCAACCAGGUGGUUCGGUUUGAGACUGUCAAUCCAAAUUCUACCUCUUCGUGGUUUACAGAAUCAGGGCUGGGGAUUGAACCCAGGACCUCGCACAUGCUAGAUACCCCACAGACAAAUGUUACUCAUGUAACCCAACUGGAGAGAGAUACCAUUCUUGUAUGUUUGGACUGUUGUAUAAAAAUAGUAAAUCUCCAAGGAAGAUUAAAAUCUAGUAGAAAAUUGUCAUCAGAGCUCACCUUUGAUUUCCAGAUUGAAUCAAUAGUUUGUCUACAAGACAGUGUGCUAGCUUUCUGGAAACAUGGAAUGCAAGGUAGAAGUUUUAGAUCUAAUGAGGUAACGCAAGAAAUUUCAGAUAGUACAAGAAUUUUCAGGCUGCUUGGAUCUGACAGGGUCGUGGUUUUGGAAAGUAGGCCAACUGAUAACCCCACAGCAAAUAGCAAUUUAUACAUCCUGGCGGGUCAUGAAAACAGUUACUGAGAAGUGUUGUGCUUUGACAGUUAAACUAUAGAAAGAACGAACACUACCGCUGCAACAUUAAUGGAUGCUUGAAGCUGUACAAAAGCUGCAGUAACCUGGCUUCAGUUACUCGUAAUUUAUUGUGGCAUGAGACGAGAUGGGGAAAUUUUUUGUUUUAAGUGGUAUGGAUAUAUUUAGCAUAUUGAACCACACAAGUGCUUAAUUCAUUGUUAUGUAAUCUUUGUACAUAUAGGCAGUAUUUUUCUGUGAAACUUCAUAUUGCUGAAGACAUACACUAAGAACAUAUGUAGAUAUGUACUUUUAUGAGAUGUACAAGUAAGUGUCUUAUCUGUACAGAUGUAAAUGUUGAAAAUGCAGUUGGGGUUAAUAUUUUAAAAUUCUUUAGUAUAUUCUUGGGUGUGGUUAUAUUACAAAAUGGGAUGCUGGCAAUGAAACAGUACAUUUAACACUAUUGUAUUUUUAUUAUAUGUAAUUUAGUAAUAUGAAUAUAAAUCUUGUAACUUUUAAAAUUGUAAUGGAGGCUGUAAUCAUUUUAUAAUCUUGUUUUUAAUUUUAAUGCAAGUACACUGGUGUUUAUAUUUGCACAAAGUAUUGAUAUGUGAUGUAUUAAGUCACAAAAGUAAGCUGUGACAUUGUCAAUAUGCAUUUGGCUCCACAACAUCUUUUUUAAAUGUAUUUGGAUUGUUUUCUAUGUGAAACAAACCAAUUAACCACCUGUUGUAGUAACUGAUCUUUUUAUAUUUAAGCAGAAUCUGGUAAGAUUGCUUGUCUGUGCUUCAAAAUACCUUUGAAAAAAUUUUAAAUCACAGAAUAACGGUAUCACAGUGUAACACUGCAAUUGUUGUCUGAACUACAGUAUGCACAAAGAAUAAAUUAGCAUUAUUAAAGAGUUCACACUAAGCAUUUCAUAUAAUCACACUGAAGAACUAUAACAUUCCAUAGAGUAAUGAUGUUCAAAUUUCUAGUGAAAUUUUUGUUUUUGUUGGCCUUAUUUUAUGAUUACUUUCAUAUUUCUUUUGAUUUAGAGUAUUACCACAUGGCCAAAAUAAUUUAGUUACUACCUCAUACAAACAAUAUAAUGGUUACUACACAUCAAAGGAACUUAGUUUUGGUUAAAGUCAUUUUGAUUGCUUUUUUCCAAUGAAAUAUGUAUAUACCAAGUUUUAGCAAAAUGCACAUUUUUGGCUCUUUUGGUAUAUUUUCUUUAUAUUUUACUGUGGAUAUACACUAAGAACAAACUAAAUUGUGAUUUAUGGUCUUCAUUUAUUUUAAUUGAUAAUGGUUUUAAAUAUGUUCCUGAUUGUACAUAGUGUAAAAUAAACAUGUUUUUUAACAUGC